AUUACUUUUAUGUAUUUCUGUCAUGAAAUACAUUAUACGGCUUGAUUUUACACAAACUGUUUUGAUGAAGGGACGUCCUGCUACUCGUAUCCUAUAAUCCUCGCUGCCGCGACCUCUGACCCCUGGGUGGCUUCUUGCGUAAGAAGGAAAGCACACAGGAACACACCCUGGCCUAUUGCUAGUGUUUCCCUGAGAAGAAGUUCGUGUGGUGAGCUCAGCUGAUGUGGAGCUCCUCCAGGUCUUUGCUAAUUGCUGCUGGCUAGUCUGAAGGAGCUGAGUGUGUGAGUCUCGGAGGUGGGGUGCUCUGUGAGGCGGAAACUCAGGGGCUUGGAAACUGGAGCUGAAGUUGAAAAUCCAAGUCAUCUUGAAUUUUUAAUAGUUCCGCAAGUAAAUGUAACUAGUUACUACCCAAAGCUGAAGCACAACUGGACCCUUCAACAUAAAAAUGUCCCAAAACAUCCUGGUAAAUCUGCCAAAGACAGAGUCAGAAUUAAGAAACAAAACGUCCUAGGCCUAGUCAAAGCCCAGAGCCUGUAUGGGCUGCCCUCAAUUGGGCUUCAUACAAAAGAAACCCGUGGGACAAUCUUUAUUCAAAUCGAUGUCAGAGACGUUUAGUUGGCACAAGGAUCGACUCGCUAAAUUUGUUAAAGCUGCAAUAAGCAACUUUCAUAAAGAAUAUGUUUUUACAUAUUUUUUGAAACUGUCACUACGUUGUGAUAGUUUGGUAUAAGACGUGUAAUCUUCUCCUAGUGCAAACUGGAAACAACCAGUCAGAGACAGGAGGUGGGUCUUAGCUCUGUCAAUCACAAUCUUGUGGGGUGCUGCUCAUCCUCCCUUCCACGCCCACUUUUCUCUCUGCUAUGCUCUAGCUAGCAUAGCCUGUUGUGAAUGCUCAUUCUAGUUAGCAUGAGCAUAACUAGCAUGCUGACGGCAGAUAAACAGGUUUCCCAUAAUCAUAAGUUGUUUCUCCGCCAUUAGCACAUUUGGCAGCCCGUUCACAAGAAAGAUUGGCAGCACUAAGCCCCUCCUCCUGGCUCUGAUUGGCUGUUUUUGUUUGGGCAUUUCAUCAGAUGGCAGUAACAGCUCAGGGAGGAGAUUGAUCUUCUCACAGAUUAUCUGUCUCAUAAACUGUCAUGACAUGGUGACUGUCUGAACAAAUACACACAUAUACUUUAUAAAAGUUACAUACUGCAGCUUUAAAGUGCCAUUUUUUCCCUUGCCAUGCAUUUUUGUUUCCCUAUUUUAUUUUACAAGUUAAACAAAGUUAAUACAUUGCAAUUAAAUCCUUGUCUUUGCCAGAGAUGCGUCUCUUCAGUCGACAUUUAAAUAUCCACUCCAAGCUGAGAUCUUUUCUUUUUUUCUUUUUUUUUCACAGUGUGCAUGCAGCUGAGUGUGCGCUCAAGGCAAGGAAAGACGGCGCUAUCUAACCGAGGCAUUAGAGGACAGCGGCCUGCCAUGUGACCGUGCUUUCAGGGAUUGGCUCACUGCACAUGUGACAUCACAGAGCUUCCUCCUCCUUUUCCCACUCUUCCUCUGCCUCUCUCUGCCCAUCUAGCUCUCUGUACCGCUCUCUCUUCCUCCUCAGCAUCCCACCGCCCCACACCCCCUCUUCACCCCCUCACAGAGAUGGCGUGUGUCGAUGCUGCUCAGGCGUCCGGGGCCUAGUGCACUCAGGGAGGACACUCCCCUCCCCUCCGUUCCUCCUGCUUUCCCCCGUAUUCGGAGUGUUUGUUCCCUCCGUCUGUCUUCUUGCUCGUGGUCCUCCAAGUGUGUCGCCGUUUGUUGUCGUGCCUCCCUUGUGCGAGCCCGGCCCUCUCGAGGGUGGAAGAAAUCAACACCGUGCUUCACAGCGGUGGAGGGAGGUGGGAUGAGCCGUGCACAAUUAGCCAUGCCCUGCCCAGGCUUGGAUUUGACCGCCUAGAUCUUUCUUCUUCUUCUUCUUCUUCUUCUGUCCACGUGUGCACCCCAGAGGGCGACGUAGGAUGAAAAUCUGCGACUAUGAUGCAAGGACUGAAAAAACGAACCAGGAAAGCCCUGGGCUUACGGAAGAAAGACAAGGACACGGAUGCAACGAGCUCACCAGACAAAGAGGGAAGCGAAAGCAGAAAGAAAGGAAAAAAAAAGGCCAAUGGAGCUCCUAACGGUUUCUACGGGGAAAUCGACUGGGACAGAUAUGCCUCACCUGACGUCGACGAGGAGGGUUUCAGCCUGCGGCCCGGUGAGGGAGAGGAUGCUGCUUCCAAAGAAAAGCAAUUCUUCUCCUCCAGCGACUCUGACGACGACGAGGACAGCAAGAAAAAGUUCAAAAUCCGGAUCAAGCCGCUGGUGGCGGACAGCGCCCGGUGCGUCCCCCCAUCGAUGGACGAGCUGAAAGCCUCCGUGGGAGGACUGGCACUCUCUCCUUCCCUGAGGAGAAGUCCGAGACGCAGUCCGGGGAUGAUGAAAAGAAACCUCUCAUGUGAAGAGAUUGCCCGCCCCCGACGCUCUACCCCAACACCAAGUUAUGCAUCUGAGAUGCCAAGCGCCACUGCGCCGCAGAACGUUCCUGCUUUGUUCAGGCUUCCUUCAGACAGCAGAUAUGCCAGAUAUGACGUAAUCCGUAGCGAUGCAUGGGGAGAACCCAGACCGUGUUCAGAAUCCCAGCUGAGCCGAAGUUUUCCAACAGGAGCUCCUCCACCGCUUCCUCCGAAAAACUUCCCCUCCAGAGGUCGUUACGGCUUUCCAUCAGACCUGGCAGCUGAUCUGCCCAACGGCAGGGCGGCACGGAGCUCCGCCCCCAUCUACCUGAACGUCCUGUCACCGGCCUCAUAUCGGGGGAUACCGGGCCCCGACCUGGACGACGUGUUCGGCCCCGCCGACAGUCCCAGAACGAGGGAGGAUGCGCCGUCUCCAAGAUGGGUCACGUUCAUGGAUGACCGACCUCCACCCCCCGACGAGCCGGCUCCCCCGCCACCGCCGGACUCUCCUGCCCCGGACACGCCCACUUCCACGCCUUCCACGCCCGGCCUCUCGCCGGGACCGCCCCCCAACGAGCCCCCUCCUUCUCCGCCAUGCUUUUCCCCCGGCUCCGCUCCUCCUAUCACUCCACUAGACUCGCCCCCCUCCAUCUUUCUUGGCCCUCCGCCCCCAGAUGAGCCAGCUCCCCCCUUACCUCCCGACUUCUCCCCUUCCGAGUCUCCUCCUGCUUUCCUCGAAGAGGAAGGAGACGAUGAGGAGGUUCUGCAGUUCGCAGGAUACGCCUGCGCCCCUGCUCCCAUCAGCCCCGUCCCCCCUCUGCCAGCAGAGCGGAGGUCCCCGCGGGCGGCGGUGACGUCUCCUUUAGUCUAUGGGACUCUGGGAGGAAAGAGGACUCCAGAGGGAGCGUACCAGAGAGAUGAAGUUCCAGAAGUGACAGGCUCUCCCAGAGAGCUGACACCCAGCUUCAGGGGAACGCCGCCUCCUCUUCCUCCAUCUGCGUACCGGUCCAUCAUGUCUUCCCCUGGGCCCUACUCUGGCAGCAGCCCCUCGUCUCCAGCCCGCCCUGCCACGCCUCAGUCCCGGGGGAGCCCGGUGCCUCCUCCCCCUCCUCCCCGUCCAUCCUCGCGACCGAAGCUGCCCCCGGGGAAGCCAAUCACAGACCUGAGUCGGCCUUUCAGCCCCCCGGUUUCAGGAAGCCCUCCGCCUUUUGCCCCCCUGGCCCGCGCCGAGAGCUCCUCCUCCCUGUCCUCCGUCACCUCGCACAGCGCGGCGUCCACUCCCACCUUAGGACGGGACCUCAGCAUGCCCACCGCAGAGGCCUCGCAGCCUCUGGUUUGGUUUGACCACGGCAGGUUUUAUUUAGCUUUUGAAGGCUGCUCUAGAGGGCCCAGCCCGCUCACCAUGGGGCCCCAGGACACCCUCCCGGUCGCUGCUGCUUUCACCGAAACCAUCAAUGCUUAUUUCAAAGGCGCUGACCCCAGCAAAUGUGCGGUGAAGAUCACCGGGGAGAUGGUCCUCUCCUUCCCUGCAGGUAUAACCCGGCACUUCGCUUGCCACCCGACUCAACCCGUCCUCACCUUCGUCAUCAGUAACUACAGCCGCCUGGAGCAAGUCCUGCCCAAUCCACAGCUGCUCUGCUGCGAUACCGCUCCAGACGGUGUAGACGUCAAGGAGUUCUGGGUAAACAUGCCAAACCUGAUGACCCAUCUGAAGAGGGUGGCAGAACAGAAGCCUCAGGCGACGUACUACAACGUGGAUAUGAUCAAAUACCAAGUGUCAGCGGAGGGGAUCCAGUCCACUCCUCUGAACAUGGCCGUGAGCUGGCGGGGGGAUUCCGUCAACACCGACCUUCGGAUAGACUACAAAUACAACGCGGAGGCCAUGGCCGCCCCGGUGCCGCUACACAACAUCCACUUUGUGGUUCCGGUGAACGGAGACAUAGCCCGGCUGCACACCAUGAUCCCGCCCGCCACAUGGAAUCCAGAGCAGCAAACGAUUCAGUGGAAAAUCCAGAGCCUGUCUCAAAGAUCUGAAAAUGGAGGAGUAGGGGCUCUAUUGAGCCGGUUCCAGAUGGAGGAGGGUCCCUGUAAGCCGUCCCAGCUGGCCGUACAGUUCACCAGCGAGGGAAGCACGCUGUCCGGCUGCGACAUCCAGCUCGUCGGGACCGGCUACCGGCUGUCUCUGGUCAAGAAGAGAUUCGCUUCAGGAAAGUAUUUGGCAGAUAAUUAGCGAAAGCUGUCGAUGAAGAGCAGCGAGGAAAUGUGGCUUUUUGACUGUGAAGACUUACGGAUCCAUCCCACGUUUAGUGCUCUUGACUAAUUCUCCUCUGCGAACCGUCGGCGUGAACAAUGGAGGUCUGCUACAAGAACACAGUUUAUGCAAGCUAACACAAAUCAUCCUUUGUGCACCUGGAACGGCUUUAAACACGAGGAGCCGUUAAGUCUUUGUUGUUUUGGUGUAAAAAAAAAAAAAAAAAUUAUAAUAAUAAUAAUUGUAUUUUAUUCAGUGAUCCAGCCUUAUUUAUUUAGUUAUUUAUUCUUUAGUUGGUCAUUGCUGUAGAUGCACUGCGAGAGGUAAUGGGAGUUGAUUGCAUAAAGUCUAGAACAAUCUGGAAGGUGGAAAACUAGAUCUGGCUGACACUGCCACGUCCCAUCAGACAGUCAGAGUGAGAGUCCAUAUUUUCAUCCAAUCAAAACCGUUCCCUCUGUUUUCAAGGCGCAUCGAAAUGAAAACUAGGCUAAUUAGCAUUUAGAGGCGACUGAUGAGGGUAUGAAAUUUGCCGUGCCUUGCAAAAAAUAUUCCUUUUGCUAUUUCUCCUGGGCUACGUCGUUAAAACCCAAACUUCAAUGGGUUCCAUUGGGCUUUGACGUAAGAGACCAGCACGAAGUCGAGCCUGACUGCGAAUUGGACGGUUUUCAGUAGCCUAGUGAAUAAAAACAUUAAAUAAAAUAAACUCCAGAAAAUCUGGUUUUUGCUGCAAUUGCGUCUGCAACCAUCUACCAGCUCUGCAUGUGUAGAGUCAGACAUUUUGGUUAGUUCCUCUUUGUAAAAUAAUCAAGCCACCCAGAUUCAAUUGAACAUUUUAAAACAGGGAUCUGCAGCCUUUACAAUCUAAAGAGCUGCUGAAUAAAACUGGCUUAGAGCCGCUAAUGUUACAAGACCUUUGGAAAAGACGAUGUAUAUUUUUUCAUGAAUAUCUGCCAUCGGUAAUUUGAAAGCUUUUGGGGUUUUUUUUUGAAGACUCAUCUUUUUAUUUCAAUUUUUGGUGUUUAAACUAAAGAAAAAAAGAACAGAGAUACAUUUUCCUCUGCAGAAAAUGGUGCAACGAAAACAUCAAUACAAGAAUAAUACAUAUAAAUGUAAAUCAUACUUUUAGGCUGAUUCUGUUUUGGGAAUUCAAUGUAAUUACACCACAAAAAAAAAAAAAACUGCUAAGACCUGCAUUUGUUAGCACAGCUACAUUUAAAAACAUUAGCUGGUUCUUUGUCAUUUUUUUGCCAAAGUUAUAUUACUGAAUGCCUGCAGCUGCCACGUUUUCCCGUAGUGAUGAGCCUGCUGUGCUUUGUGUUGAUCAAUCAUAUAAAAUCUUCAAACAUCACAAUGAAGUCUGAUGGAAAGUGACAAAAAUAUAUUAAAAAGUUUAUAUCAAUCAAAACACCAAUUAGUAAGAAUGUUUGGGGAUUUUUCUUCUCAUAAUUCUUGACUUUGGUAAAAUAGGUUUUGUUUUUUCUUCACUGCGUCGAACUUCCUGAAAGCGUCAGGUUUUUCAUCCCCUGGUGUUUUGAUUUAGUGGAAUAAAUAGGAAUUUGAUUUUAAAUGCGCAAUAGCAUGAGAAUGAAUCACUUCUUGUCCUCGCCUCAUAAAAUCUUUUGUUGUGUUCAGGAUUGGCAAAGACUUAGAGCGCUAGCUACAUUUGUGGAUUACGGACCUCUGGUGGCACCCCUGGUAAAGAUGUGUGAAAAGUCUAAAAAUGAAUCAAUAUUGUUCUUGGUUCCUCUGAUCUACAACUUUCUAUUUUUUUUUGCCAGUAGGAUAGUACUUAGUUUUCCUUUAUAACACAGUUAGCGCACCGCUAGCCAAAAAGUUAGCUGCACUAGCUAAAAAGCUAGCGGUGGCCACCCUAAUCGUGAAUCAUUAAUCAUAAAUAUUAGGUCCACUAAAGCUAACAGUAAUUUGUGGAAGCUAAUGCUAAAUGCUAAUUUUAUAUAUUUUUCUGUAUACCUCAUUUGUUUUUUUUUGUUUUUUUGAGACUUGCCACUUGUUCAGUAAAGUUUCUUUAUAUAAUAAAAAAGAACAUGAGGAGAGGACUUCAAAAUAAGAGCAUGAAUAUAAAUGUCUACCUACUUGAAGAAUUUGGUCGUUAACUGAACGACCGAAUUCUUAACUGAACUUAACUUUGACUUAACACGUCAAAAAAGUGAAGUUUUCACAGUUAGCAAAAAUGCUAAGGAAGCAAAUAUUAGCGUGUAAAACGGAAGUGUGCCCACCAAAGGCUUAUUUAAUUUUAAGUAGAACUCAUUAAAUACAGAGACAUAUGUUUAUUAAAGUUUUAACAGUUAGUUAAUGGUUAGUUUUUGUCAAAAAAUGUAUUAAAAAUGUGUGUUUUUCUAAACUUUGCAAUAAAAAAUGUAUUUAAGGGGUUUUCCUCCACACAUCUUUCCAGAGGGUGUCAAUAAGUGUUGCUAGUACUCUAAAUAAAGUAGCGCCAUACUAAAACCUGCAACAAAUUAUGGUAGUAGUGUCUGGCGGUUUUACGGGGGAUUUCGUUGGGUCGUGGAAGUUGUGGCUUCCCCUGGACCAGUUGGAGUAAACGGUUCAAAGUUCAUCAUGUUUGCUGUGGGAUACGUGAGCGUAUACGAGUGCCAUAUGCGGAUGAGGAGGAGAAGUUGCUGAAGACGUUUCAGAGUUGAUGACUGUCGGAAGUUGCCUUUGAUGCUGCUAAAACCAAUACGGUCGCUUUUUGUUGGCCAGGACCUCAAGGUCGAGAACAGGGAAAUUUUAGGGAUGUUCUGGCUGUCGUCGGUCAACAGUAGAACGUCUUUCCAAUGGGGACGGCACUAUUUAACUCUGUUUUAUUAUUUCUUUCCCUUUUUCACCAUCAUAAGUACACGAUUUAUCAUUUUCUGAUAGCAAUAUUUUGAAGCCUAUGUGUAAAAAGUGUACAUAUAUAUAAAUAUAUAUAUAUAAAAAAAGCCGUUUCGGACAUUUGUCUGGACAUAUGGACAUGUCUGUGGUUUUCCCUUAGUUUGUUGAUGUCAGCACUCGGAAUACAUUUAGUUCACGACACGCUCCUCAUCUGGUGUUUUUCAUGCAGGUUUGUGUUCAGAAAUAAUAAUUUAGAACAAACAACAACAACAACAAAAAAGCUACUUGUGGAUGUUUCUUAAUGGUGCCACAUGAAAGUGUUUUUGUCCCUCCACCGUUCCUAUGGAAGCAAUACCAGUUGUCCACCUUCAUCCUGGUCAUGAUGUGUGUGUGUUUGCUGUGUAGGUGUGCUUUGGGACGAGACUUUUAGAUUUCUCUCAAGUCUCCGCUCAACGUUUCGCUGUCCAUGCUCCUCUGAACACCCACUGUCAAUAAAUCUGGCAUGUCAUCGAUAUACCUAGAGGUGUUUUCCAUGCGACGUUAAUGCUGUUUGUUUUCGGUCGGCGCACAGAAUCCAGUUUCACUGCAUCUUGUUGCGCAAUGUGUUUUGCACAUCACAUUCACUUUGUUUGCUCAACUUGGUCUUGGUUAUAUAUUUGCGAUGACGCAUCGGGGCCCUUAUAAAUGGCCCAAAAAAGGGGAGUAAAUUUCUGCUAAAAAAACUCUGAAAUUUUGAGUUUAAGAUCAGAAAUCUAGAAGAAAAAAAAAUUCUGAGCUCUAAAAGGCAAAAUUUUGGAAGAGUAAACACAUUAUUUUUUUUAAUGUCUUGAACAUUUUUGAUUUUUUUUAAAACUCAGACAUUUUCAAGAUUUUUUCUAGAAGAUUUCUGAGAUUAAUCUAAAAAUAAUAAUAAUAAUAAUAAUAAUAAAAAUCUGAGUUUUUUUCCAACAGUUUUACUUUUCCUGCUCAAAAAUGUUUAUGUUUUCUUUGUCAGAUAGAAAAUUUCAGAUACUUUUUGGUGAAAAUGUACUCCUUUUUUUCCCUAUCUGCAAUGACCCUAAUAAACAGUUGUUUUCAUCUUUAGAAGAAAAAAUUCCUUUUUCAGUUGAAGGUGCAGAAUUGAUUUUAUUUUUCUUUUAGUUUUUCACAGUGCCUUGUAAAAGUAGUCACACCCAUAUUUUCCUGUUUUGUGACAUCACAACAAACCUCAGUGUAUUUUCUCCAAGAAACCAAAACUAAACGUGUAGGUGUAAAGUUACUGAAACAUAGUGGAGAACACAAUUUUCCAAAAAAUUUACAAUUAAAAAUUUCAAAAGUGUGGCAUGUAUUUGUCUCCAGCCUCCCUGCAUUAAAACCUUCUUUGACAAGUUCGCUGUGCCUCUGACAUCACUUUAAGUAGGAACUCCUAGGUAAAGUAGGUUUGAAGUGGUCCCACAGUUUUUCAGUUUUCAGAUAAGACUGAACAUUUAUCCAUGAGAAGUUUGAAGCUGGACUAUUGUUUUAUGACCUCCACGGGAUGCAAACCAUUAAUUGACUUAUUUAGUGUGAAUUAAUGGUUUACUAGAUUAGAAUGAGUUCCAAUCGAUUAGCAUUGGCCGCUUAGAGAGCUUCUGUUAGUAUUGCGGUUUGGCCGCCAUCCAGCAGAGGGCGCCGGUGGUCAUCCUUAAGUGCACCUAUAGUCCCAGAACGGUAAAAAAAAAAAAAAAAAAAAAAAAAAAAGCUGUAAACGGAGUCUGGUGUGGCGUGAAAAAAAAGCACUUUACGCUAUGUUUUGAAAUAUAAACAUUCAUACCAAAUGACGGAGCAGUGUAAUAUGAUACAUUUAGCCCUUAUUAAAAUGGAAAGACGAGGAACCUCUGGUACAAAAGAAAACGCAGAUUUUUAAGAAAAUGGCCGCUUAUCGUGAAAAAACCCAUAAAUUUGAUCAACUUUGAGUGAAGUUAUUGAUUAAUGAGUUGAUCGAAAUGACGUUUCUCACUAUCCCACAGUGAUACAAAACAGGGCGUUACUAACAUUGAGUAACAAUAAAAGGCACAGUCUAACUAAAAUUAUCCUAAGCAAUUAAUAAAUAGAUGUACAAUAACUAGACAUAUAGCGUAAAAAGUUUUACAACUGAGAAUGUAUAUGUAUAUAUAUAUAUAUAUAAGUAUAUAGAGAUAUACAGAUAAAAAAAAGUGGCGGAAGUGCAGAGUUUAAGUGCCGAAUUUGCAUCUAUAUGACCUGCCCAUCCUUUAAACUUCUCCAAAUCCUUCUCCCUGAACAGUCUCCUGUGUUUUAUUGUCUUAAUGUUUGUUCUCUGACUUAUACUGACAUUAACUUACACAUAGCUCAACUGUGUAAUAAAAAGAGUCUUCUGAUACCACUUAGGUUUUUGUUCGAGGUGUAAAGGAGACUGAAUGCAAAUCCAUUCCGCUUUACAGAUGUGUGUUGUACAUUUUUUCUUCCUCUUCACAGAUAAGCACUACUUCGUGCUAGCCGUUCACAAAGUAAUCCCUAUAAAAUACACUGAGUUUUGUAGCGUUACUGUGACAAACUGUGAAAGGGUUUCAGAGGGUGUGGAUACUGUUACAGGGACUUGCAUAACUAUAUUUAUAUCAUUUUUCUUUUGCCUUAUUGAUGAAUAAAAACAAUGGUUAUCAUGUGAUCCUCUUCCUCAACUUUUCUCUGCCUUUUGGCUGUCAUGUUUUUAAUGUGAGAGUCAGAAUAUGCAAACAUCUCAUGUAAAUUUCACACCCAAAGCUUUUAAAGGUAAAUAUAUGAAAAAGUCUAUAUAAUGUAACAUCUGUUUUACUUGGUAAUAAAGAAGAGAAAACUGA